CUCUGUUCUCUGUCACAUUUCAUGCUGCAGAACUAUGGAAAGCAGAGGAACAUGGGAUACAGAACCCAAUGGGAGCAUGAUUGUACCAGAGGUAGAAGAAGAGGAUGAGCUACAGGACAGGGGCCAGUGGACCAACAAAGUGGAGUUUGUAUUAUCUGUUGCUGGGGAGAUAAUUGGUCUGGGAAAUGUUUGGAGGUUCCCUUACCUUUGUUACAAGAAUGGAGGUGGUGCCUUCUUCAUCCCUUACCUCAUCUUCCUCUUUACCUGUGGGAUUCCUGUCUUCCUCUUAGAGACAGCACUUGGGCAAUAUACCAGUCAAGGGGGAAUCACUGCCUGGAGAAAGAUCUGUCCUAUCUUUGAAGGAAUUGGAUAUGCUUCACAAGUCAUCGAAUUGUACCUGAAUAUUUACUACAUUGUCAUUUUGGCUUGGGCCCUGUUUUACCUAUUUAACUCCUUCACUGCUGUUCUCCCUUGGGCCAGCUGCAAUAAUCCCUGGAAUUCAGAGCACUGUAAGGACUUUCUGAUCAACUCCAGUUGGACAAAUGGGACUCAGCCAGCUAACGCCACCUCACCAGUCAUCGAGUUCUGGGAGAGGCGAGCCUUGAAAAUAACGGAUGGCAUACAUAAUCUGGGCACUGUGCGGUGGGAGCUGGCACUGUGCCUCUUGCUUGCCUGGAUCAUCUGUUACUUCUGCAUCUGGAAAGGAGUCAAGUCCACUGGCAAAGUAGUCUACUUCACUGCCACAUUCCCCUAUGUGAUGCUAACUGUCUUGCUGAUUCGAGGUGUCACCCUGCCUGGUGCCAUAGAAGGGAUUAUCUUCUACCUGAAGCCAGACAUCUCUAGACUGACAGAUCCCCAAGUAUGGAUGGAUGCAGGUACCCAGAUUUUCUUUUCUUAUGCCAUUUGCCAAGGAUGCCUGACAGCCUUGGGCAGCUACAAUAAGUACAACAACAAUUGCUAUAGGGAUUGCUUUAUGCUCUGCUUCCUGAAUAGUGCUACCAGCUUUGUGGCUGGCUUUGCCAUUUUCUCUGUAUUGGGCUUCAUGGCACAAGAACAGGGCGUCCCCAUCUCUGCAGUGGCUGAAUCAGGUCCUGGCCUAGCAUUCAUCGCCUACCCAAAGGCUGUAACCAUGAUGCCUGUGUCUCAGCUGUGGUCCUGUUUGUUCUUCCUUAUGCUGAUCUUCUUGGGGCUGGACAGUCAAUUUGUCUGUGUUGAGAGCUUGGUAACAGCCAUCGUGGACCUGUUCCCAGGAGUCUUCCGUAAGAAAGGGCGGCGUGAGCUGCUGAUCCUGGGCAUAGCAGUGAUCUGCUACCUGCUUGGCUUGUUUCUGGUCACUGAGGGUGGAAUGUAUAUCUUCCAGCUGUUUGAUUAUUAUGCAGCUAGUGGCACAUGCCUUCUCUAUCUUGCUGUCUUUGAAGUAAUCUGCGUUGGAUGGGUUUAUGGAGCGGAUCGUUUUUAUGACAACAUUGAAGAUAUGAUUGGCUACCGGCCAUGGCCCCUAGUUAAAUUCUGCUGGCUUUUCUUAACACCUGCGGUUUGUCUGGCAACCUUCCUGUUUUCACUCAUUAGAUACACACCACUAAGAUAUAACAACGUAUAUGAGUAUCCAUCAUGGGGUAUUGCUGUGGGCUGGCUGAUGGCACUGUCCUCUAUGAUCUGCAUUCCAUUCUACGUCAUCUUCAUCCUCUUGAAAACCAGAGGUUCAUUCAAACAGGUCAGCCAUCAAAGCCUCUAUCAAUUCAUCUCGGUUGCACAAGCUCACUGCUGCAGCAGAGGACUUACCCCAACCAAAGAAGCACCAGAUUGCCUUCUCUGGACUGCACCCACAUUCAGCCAGGGAAGUGCUCAUCACAACGGAGAAAGAAACCAACUUCUAGAAAUCAAUGGGAAUUACAACUUUACAGCCCAGAAAGGUCCCUCCUUUCUGGGCACAUCUGUUUACAUCUAGGAUAAGAUAUUUCUCAGGCCUUCCCUACCUAUCAGAAGCUAGAUCACUUAAGAUGGUAACAUCUUCUCUUCAUACUUUAUGUAACAGCUGAUUAGAUUGGCUGGAGCAGGUCCAACAUUGGGUUUUCAGAGCUAAACUAAAAGUUCUCAGUAGACAGUUUUUGGAAAUCAUUUCUCAGCUUUUCUGAGAAAUUCUUUUCUCAGUCCCCACCCCAUCCUAGAAACAAAGGGAGAUGACUGCAGAAUCUUCUCUAAAUACUGUCCAACAUUUAUUAUUGUAAUUGUGACUGCCCUCAGAUUCCAGCUCCCUCCCUCACUGAAUUUCUUCAGAACGGUGGAGGAUGCCAAAUGGUGGCUGAGCUAACAACAAAAUUGCUGAUGUUGCUGUCACUUGCAGCAGUAAUGAAAGACUGGGGGGAGGGGUACAACUAUGGAAAAAACCCAAGUUAUGCUACUACCAGUGAUGUAGUGGAGCCAGGGCUCAAAGACUCAAAGCCUUGGGACUUUCUGUUUAGUGGUGACUCUGGUAUCAUAUGUUAACCCCCUUGGGCAACGCUGUUUGAUCUGAGUUUGGCUGCAACCCCCACAAUUUGUUAUUAAUUGCCUUCAAGUUGACUUCAACCUAUGAUGACCCUAUGAAUGAGAGACCUCCAAAUCACCCUACCCUCAACCACCUUGCUCAGCUUUUGCAGAUUCAUGGCUGUGGCUUCUCUGAUUGAAUCUAUCCAUCUGGUAUGCAAUUUUCCUCUUUUCCCAUUAUCCUUAGAUUUACUAAGCAUUAAUCUUUUCUAGUGAGUCCUUUCUUCUCAUGAUAUGGCCAAACCAUGACAACCUACGUUUAGUCUUCUAGGCUUGAUUUGCUCUAGGACCCAUUUAUUGAUCUUUUUGUCAGUCCACAAUAUUCAUAGAACUCUUCCCCAGUAUGACAAGAGUUGAGCUGAUUUUCUUCCUAGCAGCUUUUUUCACUCUCCAGCUUUCCCAAGCAUACAUAUAUAGGAGGUAAAAUGGAUUUUCCUAGCACUGUUGUUCUGUUGUGAGUCAUUUUAAUCUAAAUUGUUUUAAGGUGGUUUGAUGUUGAAUCACAAAACUUGUUACAGUUGUAAACUGCUUAGGCACUGUUAGUUCAGUAUGAAGUGGUAUAUAAAUGAAGCUGUUUCUUUGUUAGGUUUACAAAAGAUCUGUUUCUUGUGAGAUGGAAAUUGCUAUAAAUAUUACAGAUAGGUGUGUAGGUAGGUGGAUAGGUAGAUAGAUCAAUAUAAUUGCCUGCAUUUCUGCACUCUUUAUGAGCUUGUCACUGUAGGCACUGUCAUGAUCAGGACCUGUAGUUUAGUUUGGUAUUAUGUCACUGGCUUGAUAAUGGUGAGUCCUAUACCAGAGAGAGAGAGGUGAGGGGGUGUAGUGACUUGAGGGUUGGACUGUGACACAGGAGACAAAGGUUUGAAUCCCUGCUCAGCCAUGGAAGCACACUAAGUGACCUCAGGAGUGGUGGAGUUUCCCCCUUUGGAGGUUUUCAAACAAAGGCUGGAUGGCAAUAAGUCAGGGGUGCUUUGCUUGUGUAUUCCUGCAUGGCAGGGGAUAGGUUUGAAUGGCCCUUGGGGUAUCUUCUAACUGUGGCCUGGGAGAGAUGGGCCAAAAGGUGUGUAGCAGCGCUGAUACUAGGAGUCAGGAGUGCGCAUUACCUGCAUGCUCCCAAACCCUACAGUGUAUCAGUGGCAGCAUCAUGGCAACAUCUCAUCCACACAGGUCCCAUCAUUUUGAUGUAAAGGACACAUUCAUGAUGUGCCAGUGCCAUUGCAAAAAGAACCCGGGCUUUCUGGGUUCUUUUUGGAGCGGAGGGGCGCUGGGCAGUUUGGCUGCUGUGGUGUCCCUCCACUGCCAAACAGGCUGCUGCCACCCUGCCCUUUCCCGGAGGUAUGUACCGGGCCUAUGAUUCUUCCUCUUUCAAUCUAAGAGGAAGGCCAAAAAAAAAAAAAAAACAAAACAAAAACAAAAACAAAAAAAGCCCCUCAGAACAAAUCUUGCUAAGAAAACUCCAUGAUAGAAUUUCUUUAGGGUCACCAUAAGUCAGAAACAUCUUGAAUGAACACAACAAGAACUCAAAUACUAAAACAAAACAAAACCCACAUAAAAAAAGUUUGGAGAUUUUUCUCUCUCUCUCUUGAAAUAAGUUUCCAAGAAUGGCCUCCCCUCCACACCUAGACAUAGUUUCUCUGACAACAAAUAAGGUGAGGAAUUUUAACAUGAUAUAUUUACUCAGGUCUUAUUGUUUUGACAACAGUAGACAGCCAUUAUGGAACUAUAAUACUGUACAAGGAGAGUUCACAGCUCAGAGGCUACCAGGGAUUAAACCUGUGACUUCUACAUGCUAUACAAGUAUUCUGUCACUGAACUAUAUACUUACCUUUAUUUUUAGAGCCACUUUAGCAUCAUAAUGCAUUAACAAAAGACUGUAUUAAAGCUGACCAACCCAAGGCCCCUUUUGUUUCCUUAAAUCUUCAUCCACUGCCCCCUCCUGUCUUUUGCAACACAUUUCAAACUUUUUGGAGGGCUGAAUCUUGGUUUUCAGGUUUCAGGUGAACAAGUGGGGCAAAAUUAGCCAAUUCAACCGAAUUUGCAUAAUCUUAAAAUGCGUACUCCCUUGGCAAAUUUGGUGGGCUACUUUAAAAAAAAACCUGAAAAAAGUUUGCAUAGAUCUGCUACAGGUGAGGAUUUUUGUUUUGCUUUUAAAGUUCUAACAAUUCCUGUUUGGACUUCAAAAUCAGUGCUGAUCACUCAGCCUCUCCCAUUACACAAUGGCCUGGAGGAGAAGAAGGUGAUAAAUUGGAAGCAAGAUGAGUUUGUCAGAAAAAGAACAUGUCAAAACCACUUAAAAUCUUUUUUUCUUUGAAACGAGACUAGUCUAGAAAGGCUGACAGUGUUUCAGCUUGAAUAUACCUCAUUUGAUACAGCUCCAUGUGACAUCCUUGAAUUGUUGGGAAACUAAAGAAAUGAGAAUUGAACAGAACUGCUGUAAAAUGAAAUGCCAAAACUUCAUUAGGGCAUGUCAGGACCAUGGAAGAUAUAGCAAAGCUGAAGUUUCACCAGAUGCUAACUUAGCAUUUGUAACAAAAACCAUGGUUUAUGGUUUGUGACACCAAAGUAAGAAGUAGAAACAAAAUACAUGUCUGGACAAGAAUAAUAAAUACUGUACAUAAGGACCUCAUUUUCCUUUCUGUUUCUCUCAUAACUGCUCACCCUUCUUCAAGGUCAGUUUCAGUUUGAAAACAUUACUUUUUUGGACUACAACCACCAGAAUCUCCUAACUAGGCUGGUAGAAGGAUUUGGGGAGUUGUAAAAAGAGCCCCAGAACAACACUUUGCUUGUGGGGACAUUGUAGGAACUAUAAAAAUGAUUGGUCAAAGCUGCCUGCUUCUAUCAAAGGUAAGCCCAUGGAUGAAAGAAGCACCAAUGUCGAAUGGGGCCACCAGAGGGAGCUUUCAUGGCACGAAACAGACACAACUGAGCCUUGCUCUGACCCAGUAGGGUAGCAAAACAUUUCCAUUCUUUUUACCUGGCAGAAGACUCGCUGAACAGUCAUAGGAUUUACUUCUAGACAUUUGGGGCAUGCACCUGUCAUAAUCUUGAGCUCCCAGGUCCUUCCACCAGAGGGUUGGACAACAUCUGUCUCUCUGGAUGUUCUUAGACCAAUGUUCCCAUCAGAUGAGGCUGGCAUAGGCAAAUCCUGAAGGAUGAUGGGAGUUCCAGUCCAAUGCAGUGUUCAGGGUCCCAAGCUGCCCACCUGUUCUCUCAGAAAGAGGAAAAUGUCCCUAAUUUUAAGGAACCAUAACCCUAUUCAAGGAGUGGGUACCAAUGGGUACCAAAGAUGUAAAAGGGCGAAUGAAAUGUGCAAGGCGGUAUAAGUGCUGAUCAUGUUACCCAGCUAAGAUGUGAUUCAUUCUGUUUGAAGGGAAACCCUUUCUACAUAUGACGUGUUUCCAACAUGGAUAUAGGAACCUGUGUGUACAUAGAAAAUGUCCCUCUUUUGACUGUUCACUAUCAGGGGAGCAGAGAUAGCCCCACAUAUUACUGUGUGCCAUUUCACAUAUUGCAGGUGAACUCUGGAAGGAGACUCAUCAGGGAAUACAAACCUUCAUAGAGGUUAAUCACACUUUUGUUUACAGUCUUGUGUACAGAAGAUCUAUCUAGGACUGCCAACUUUUUUCCAAGUAGCUCUGUUCCUGUGCUUUUCAUAGCAGCCUUAUACCCAGAAAUUGUUCAGGCAAAGCUGUUCCUCAUCCAUUUGGGUAAAUUCGUUCAUGUUAAUGCCUCCCUUGAGGAAUAUAAAUCAACCAAGGAGUUUGGGAUUGGGGCCAUUUAAAUAAUAAAUAAAUAAAAUCUUUAUUUCUAUACCCCUUUUCCAUUUAGGUCAAAAUUCACAAGAAAUUUUUUCCAGCCCACCACAUUUGGGGAAAUUACUGUAGUCAUGUACACAGACCCUGUUCGAAUCGUGUACAGACAGCAUCAGUAGGAAUACCUUUGUUUUUAACAGUGGCUCUAGAUUCACUCAUGUGGGAAUUGAUGGUGGCUGCUGUGAAAAGUGUUUUUUUACAACUGAAAACUGAAAAAACAAACAAACCUUCCUUUUCUAAAUGUCUCAAAGUGAGGAUGUUCAUGAACAUUAAAAAAAGUUGGCAGCACCAAUUGAUUUCCAAAAUAUACUGAAUUUUUCAUAGAUAUAUGUAUAUAUGUAUAUAUAUGAAACAUGUAUGUUAUAGAUUAUCUGUUUCAUAAAGCUUUGUGCUUAAAAUAUAUUCAAUAAUAAACACAUUUCUUUAAUAACAA